AUGGAUCUUGUGGGGACGACGUCCCCGUAUAUCGUUUCGGAGAGUGAAUCGUUACGUUACUACCGGCUGGCACUUUCAGCUAUCCGCACCCUGCUGCUGCAUCCAGAAUAUGCACAGAGUGACGAGAUGCUAGCGGCUUGUAUUCUAUUAUCUACUUAUGAGAUGAUUGACGUAGUUGGAGAGUCCCUCGGCUCGCAUCUCACCGGUGUUGCGUCCCUUUUGCGAACUCGCCAAGUACAUGGCAACGUGGCCGGGAUCCGUGGAGCAUGUUACUGGACCUGGUAUCGGCACGAAACGUGGGCAGCUCUCCGCACAGGCCGCCAAAUGUCGAUUGACGAGACAUACUGGGCGCCUGAGUCUAUCGCUAGUUUCAGCCACCUGACCCCAGAAGACGUCGCCAACCGAGUCAUUUUCAUCUUUGGCCAGUGCAUCAACUAUUGCAACGACGACACUGAUGGAAAGCUAAGGGAAGCCAAGGCUGCGGAGCUGGAUCAGGCACUAGAUGACUGGAAGGGGAAAUUACCUUCGAGUAUGGCAUGGUUCUCGACGGAGAAGCCCGAGGCCGGUCCUAUGGGUUCCAACCACUUCGAGGCCAUGUGGUUUGUCUUCCCCCAUAGUGCGGUCGAGUGGCAGGAAGACAGGGGUGCUCUCGAAUGA